AUGGCAUCAUCAUCACACCAACAAAGACCGAACGGGGCUUCCGUGGUGCCGCUUUCAAAGUACAAGCUGGUAUUCCUCGGAGUGCGUUCUUGUUAUCUCGUCCUCUUCUGUCAAGAAGAAGAAGAAAGAGAAGCGGAGGAAAAGUAUAGCAUCUCGUCAUCGUUUCGGUUUUGUGGUGGUUUCGUUGAAGAAGAAUGCAUCGCUGACUUUUCCUCUUUAUGUAUUCAACAGGACCAAUCGGUUGGGAAAACGUCCGUCAUCUCUCGCUUCAUGUACGACAAAUUCGACGCGACGUAUCAAGCGACGAUCGGCAUCGAUUUUUUAUCGAAAACGGUACACUUGGAGAAUUCUCGAGGCGUUCGAUUACAACUGUGGGAUACAGCUGGCCAGGAGCGAUUUCGAUCGUUAAUUCCUUCGUACAUCCGAGACUCCUCGGUGGCGGUGAUUGUGUACGAUGUGGCGAAUAGGCAGUCGUUUUUAAACGUCGCGAAGUGGAUCGACGAGGUGAAACAAGAGAGAGGAGAGAACGUGGUCAUCGCGAUUGUCGGGAACAAGACGGAUUUGGUGGAAGAGAGAGAGGUGGAGACAGAGGAGGGGGAAAAGUUCGCCAGAGGGUUGAACGUUGGUAAUAGCAGUAGUCAUAGCGAGAGCGGUAGUACGAACGGCGGCAACGGAGGCGCCAUUUUCAUCGAGGCGAGCGCGAAAGCCGGGUAUAACGUGAAAGCUUUGUUUAGGAAAAUUGCGAUGGCGUUGCCCAGCGCAGACGUGAACGCGAAUAAUACUAAUAACAAUAAUAAUAGCGCGAGUGAAGCGAACGCGAAAGAGCAACUGGUGGAUGUGAAAUUAACUUCGACGAAUGCGAAUUCCGCGAGCGGCUGCGCGUGUUGA